GAUGGCCGGACUAGCUGUGCUGGCGCUGGCUGAGCAGAUUAAGUGCACGUCAUCGAAUCGUUUUCAUAUACCAAAUUUGAGGGCCAACUGGCACCGUGCAACGGAAUAUUGCUUCUCACUUGGCAUGCAACUUGCCAUUGCCGAUUCCGAAGAGGAUCAUACGAAAAUGGUGAAAUUUAUAUCCGAGUCGGAAGUGUACAACAAUGAGAGCACCGUGGUUUGGAUCGGGGCAAGCGAUCUGGCCCAGGAGGGUGUCUUCUAUUGGCACGCCAGCGGACAGCGGCUGCGCUACACAAACUGGCGCUCGGACAAUCCGGAUGAUUUCGGUGGUCAGGAAGAUUGCGUCAAUCUUGUCAAUAUUCCGGCCAGUGGAUGGCACUGGCACGCAAACGACGCUGGCUGCAUUGCAGCGCAUUAUUUCAUUUGUGAAAAUGUUCACCCAAAACAGGCGAUUGAAUUGUUCUAAGUGCGGAAGCCGAUUUUGCGAAAUCAUAAUGGAAGAAUGCAGAUCACACUUCCCCAAGUUAGCUAUGUGCUUCGAACGUUUUAUUUUAUGUUUCCAUAAAUGCUCCACUAAAAUUCAUCUGGAACUCUUCAUAGUUGAUUAAAUUGAUGGAAUGACAAAUUGACAAAGUUUACGCAAUU